CUGUAUUCACAGAUGCUCUCUUUCUUUUCGAAGCAGGGAGACGUGGUCUGGCGAUGCUCCUGUCAUGUGCAGGAUGCGAGAAACCAAUUAUGGAUCAGUACCUGCUGAAUGUUUUGGACCGAGCAUGGCACGUCGAGUGUGUCCGCUGCUUCGAUUGCAGAACCACGUUGCAGGACAAGUGUUUCUCCAGGGAAGCGAAGCUGUUCUGCAGAGAGGAUUUCUUCAGGCGAUACGGUACGAAAUGCAGCGGUUGCCUCCAAGGGAUAAGCCCCCAGGAUCUCGUGAGGAAGGCGAGGGACAAGGUUUUCCACCUGAAUUGCUUCACCUGCCUGGUCUGUCGGAAGCAGAUGAGCACCGGAGAGGAGCUCUACGUCCUGGACGACAACAAGUUCGUCUGCAAGCAGGACUACCUGUCGGGCAAGCCGCUGCCGGAUACGCAUCACGUGCACGGUCAUCAUGAAUCGUCCAACCUGUCGACAGGAGGAGACUCGUUGAUGGGUUCAGGGUCGGAAGACGAGGACGAAGACGGUAGUAGUCACCAUCAUCACGGUGGUGUCGGUGGCUCUCAUUUGGGGCCUCAUAAUCUGGGUCCAGGUGGUCCUGGUGACCAGACGGUUGGUCACACUGGCGAUCUACCUCUUGGAAGCGAUCCUUGCAAGCAGGAGGACUCCGAGGAUCAAGGUUCCCUGGACGGAGAUCCCGAAACGAGGGAUAGCCAAACGGAGAACAAAAGUCCAGACGGUGGUGCCGGUGGUGGUAGCGGCGACGGUGGUGCCGGCUCGAAGAGGCGAGGCCCGAGAACCACCAUAAAGGCGAAACAGUUGGAGAUUCUCAAGUCUGCCUUUUCGUCCACUCCGAAACCCACCAGGCAUAUCAGGGAACAAUUAGCGAAAGAGACUGGCUUGCCCAUGAGAGUGAUACAGGUUCAUAUUCAAAAUUUCAUUCUUCCUCUAUGCUUGUUCGGCCGUGUCGGAUGUUCGCAGGUCUGGUUUCAAAAUAAGAGGAGCAAAGAGCGUAGGUUAAAACAACUGACGUCGAUGGGCAGGAGCCCGUUCUUCGGCGGCUCCAGAAAAAUGAGGGGCUUCCCCCUGAACCUGAAUCCCGGUGCUUUGGGCGGCGAGGACGGACCGCCGCCCGGUUUUCCAUAUUUCGGCGCGGAGAAGUUCGAAUUCGGUUACGGCGGGCCCGUGGCAUUUCACCAUGAAUUCUUUGGUGCUCAUCCGCCCCCUCAUCCACAUGGACCGCCCUUUAGCGGACCAGGCAAUCCUGGUUUGGACCCGGCGAGUUUAGCGGGUAUGGCGGCCGCAGUGGCGGUGACAGGGGAAUAUCCACCUCCGGGUGCGGGAGGUGGCCCUCCGGAAUUUCUCACGGGCCCUCCUGGACAGGGGCCCCCUGCACCUUCUAGCGGUAGUCCUGGAGAGUUCCUAGCACCUUCAGGUGGAGCACAGGGUAAUCCCAGUGCCGGUGGGAAUGGUGGCGGUCCAGGUGGCGGCGGCGGCGGGGGUGGGUUCCUGGAGCCGCACCAGAUGCAGAGCGAAGGGCUGGCCUGGUAGUACGAGUUUUAAUUAACGUUCAUUUCGUUCGCGUUUUGUUGCUUUCCAUCGGCCGAGCGAAAAUCGAUCGGGUUUCGACGAAAAAUCGACCGGUCGGCCGCCUCCCACCCUGAAACGGAGAGACCGUUCCGGCUCCAGAGACUUUUGUCCGCGAACGAGAGAAUGUGACGAAAGUUCGUUCCGUUCACGUUCGAGCCACGACGACUUUCGCAUCCUUGUAUGUACGUUACGUUUCUGUAAGAUACGCAUACGAUAAGACGAUCGAUCGUUUAGCUUCGUUUUUUUCACGGUUAUCAUUGUCAUUAUUAACAUUAUUAUCU